ACCAACCUUCCUCACAUUUUCUUCACAAACCAAAACCAACCUCCAUGGAUUCAGCUAAAUCCAGCAACAAAAUCACAGACACAGUUGCUCUUCAGCAGAUUUUUCAGAAGUGGAAAAAAUUCGCCAUAACUCAAAAAACCAAAAUCAACCAACUGAAGAAAACCUUCUCCUUCUCAGAAACGUCAUCAGAGCUGAACAGCAAUGUUCCCAAAGGCUAUUUUGUGCUGUGCGUUGGAACACAGAUGAAGAGAUUCAGAGUUCCAAUGGAGUUUUUAGAGAACAAAGCUUUCCAAGUUCUUCUUCAGGAAGCUGAAGAGGAGUUUGGGUUUCAGAACGAAGGAGUUCUGAGAAUUCCUUGUGAUGUUGCCAUGUUUGAGAAUGUGGUUAAAAUUGUGGAUAAGAAGAAGAAUAAGGUCGUGGUUCGUCAGUGCUUGUCUGAGGCUGAUCUGAGUCAUGUUUGUUUGUUGCAGGAGGAAAUGUGCUGGUGAAAAGUAAGGGAAGAAUCAGGCAAGAUAGGUGU